AUGAUUUAUGGGGGGAAAAAUAGCGGCGUCGAACGGCCCUCGCGACUCCCUGCUCCGCUACGACUCCCCGCACCGCGCUCCGCUGCGACUCCCCGCACCGCGCUCCGCUACGACUGCCCGCUCCGCUACGGCUCCCCGCACCGCUACGACUCCCCGUUCCGCUGCGACUCCCCGCACCGCUACGACUCCCCGCUCCGCUGCGACUCCCCGCUCCGCUGCGACUCCCCGCACCGCGCUCCGUGCCGCUACGACUGCCCGCUCCGCUACGGCUCCCCGCACCGCUAUGACUCCCCGCUCCGCUGCGACUCCCCGCACCGCGCUCCGUGCCGCUACGACUGCCCGCUCCGCUACGGCUCCCCGCACCGCUGCGACUCCCCGCACCGCUACGACUCCCCGCUCCGCUGCGACUCCCCGCACCGCUAUGACUCCCCGCUCCGCUGCGACUCCCCGCACCGCUACGACUCCCCGCUCCGCUGCGACUCCCCGCACCGCUACGACUCCCCGCACCGCGCUCCGCCUCCCCGCACCGCGCUCCGCUACGACUCCCCGCACUGCGUGACCUAG